CCGAGAAGCGUAUCAAGGUUGCUCGCAUCAACGACAUACAAGUGGUGACACCGACGACGGUGACGGCGCCAGCUAAGGUCGCGCCGCACGCGUCGAUGAAGCGCCACCGCAGCUCGGUCUCAUCCGACACGAUCGUACCGUCACCGUGCCCCAUCGUGCGCAUUCGCGACAAGCCGUGGCUCUCGAUCACGCAAUCCCAAGACUCGGCCGUUGACAACAUGCAAGACUUGUACAAGUACAGCAUCGACGUGCUUUUACACAACAUUUACAUCGGCGGCGCGCAAGAAAACAUCGCUGUCUUUCUUCUGCAAUGCUACAAGGCGCGGUACUGGCAUCUCAGCAAAGUCGUCUUCUUGCACGUCCUCGCCGCCCUCUGCGCGUCGUCGGAAGCCAAGCUUGUCAUUGACGCCGUCCACACGGUCCAUAGUACGUGCAUCAGCGCCGUUUUACCACCGAGCUUGUGGCUCCGAAACCCGCAAACCUUUUACCAGCUCGUACUGGGUCUGCGGCAGCCCUCUCUUAUCACUGUCACCAAAUGUGCGCACGUGGUGGCCGAGAUUCUGACCGCGGCGACAACCGAGGCGAACGCGAACGCGACAGAAAUGUUGUCGCAAGACGCGAUUGCGACGAUCCACGCUGCGUUCUGGCUCUGGCACAGCAGCUACAAGUUGAGCUUGUCGCUCGAGCGUAUUUGCAUGUCGCUCCACGCACUGGAAGCGCAAGCGCAGCGGAAGCGCGGGGGCACCAUGGACAAGUCGGCGCGCCAAACGUUUCUCAACCGCGUACGAGGCCACGGCACGUACCUCUCGACGAGCAUUCGAACGCUUGUCGUGCUCUCAAAACACUCGUCCAAGUCCAAGAUGUCGCAUCGCGGCAGCGCGGUGGGCCCAAAAGAGCCACAUGAAGCGCAGAAUGCGACCAACAAUCUGCCGCUGGAGAGAAGCCUAGUGCUGCCGCCGACCGUUCCAGAGGCAGCGCCGGCCAUGCACCGUGUUCGAACCAAAAGGUCAAUCCUUCAAGUCAUCAAGCGAAGCCGUGUGCUCCCAGAGGCGCCACGUAUUUCAAUGGUGGCACGGAGCAAAGGACUCACCUUUGUCACGCCGGCGAUCCUCGCCGAGAUCGAGCGGCGCCAGGCACUCCGGAGCCAGUUUGAGAGCGCGCUCUCGCGGGCCAUGGAUGCUUGCCGCGUCGACGCCCGGCGCGGCCCGGCGUCCACCGAUGUGCCGCGGUUCCACAUGAGCCAGCGCAGCGAAUUUCUCGUCUCGAUCGUGACCAAGCUCUACUUGGGCGCGGGCGAGUGCGCGAUGGUCGAGUUCGCCGCGACCGCACUCGACCCCGAGCUCCAAUCCUACUUUCGGGAAUACGUGUUGCCGCUCAUUGUACAACUUCAAUUGCCGCAAAGCAGCCUGUGGCGCCGACUACGAAGUAUAUGGCGAUAAAUAAAACGAAUCCGAUUCAUACACGU